AUGACAAGACUCAGAGAAGCCCUGGGCGGCGCAGCCUCGCCGGGGGCCCCCCAGGGCCCCGGCAAUGAACAGCAGCAGCAGCAGCAGCAGCAGCAGCAGCAGCAGCAGCCAGGCAGUUGUCCGCAGGACUUCCCCUGGCUGCAGCUGUGGGAAGUCUGGCAAAGAGGAAGUAUGACCCCCCUAAGCCAAGGCGAGACCUGGUACGUGGUGAAUGCUGGCUUUCUGAAGGCUCUGCAGCAGGAGGCGACUCGCCUGCGCGCGAGCAUGUCAGCAGAGGCCGCAGCUCAAGUCCUGAGCGGUUUAGAGAAGUUCGUUGCCCUUUCCAAGCAGCAGCAGCAGCAGCAGCAGCAGCAGCAGCAGCAGCAGCACCAGCAGCACCAGCAGCUGCGCAUCGCGAACGCGCCGCUGCUGUCGCCCGACAGCAUCAAGAACGGAUUUGCAACAAAACGCUCGCGGCUGGCCACGGGGGUGGAGAAGCAGAUGGGCCUGGCGUUUCAAGUCUGCGACUCCGACACUUGGACAGUUAUGACUGCGUGGGUCCCUUACGACAUCGAAGUGCCCCGCGGGGUGUACAGACAGGGCGGCCGGCUGCACGUGGAGGUGCAGCCGCUGCUGCUGCAUGCGUUUCGCGCUGUGGGCAGCAGCAGCAGCUGCAGAGAAGCAGCAACAGAACCUGUUGCCGACUUCGUAGCCACGCGAUCCGACGCGCUCGACCUCGUUAUCCACAAGGUGAAGCAGCAGCAGCAGCAGCAGCAGCAGCAGCAGCAGCAGCAGCAGCUUACUUUGCUUGCCUUUUUCUGUAGCCCUCUUGUCUUUGCUGCUCUCUCUGCCGUUUGA